GAAGGAGGGAGGGAGAGAGUACUGGCAGUUGAGGGAUGGGACAAAGAACAACGCUGUAUCAUUAUCAUCUUAUCAUUAUUGCGCAUCGGAUCCACCACAGCCAGCAUUGCAUCAGCCGCCCAGAUUGCCUCUCUUGUUCUCUGCCCAAAUUUCGUUCUGUGUAAACAAAACAACAAUCGGAAAAAAUGGUUUUGAUCCUUCAGAAGUUAUUAUUCGGGCAGCGACACAGUUCUGGGCUUCCAAGUUCCAGCAUCACAUUCUAAAAAGAGAUUUUUAACCCCACAAUACAUUCAGCUCGUGGAAUAAUUCCAAUUCCGUCGGUGCUUCUUCUCCGCUUCCUCACCUUUCUGAAGAGCAAGUUAAUUUAACUCUAUGUAACGACGGUAGUAGUACUCCGCGGAGAUUCAAGAUCGUAGAGAGAUAGAGAGCCUGCGUGCGCAAAAGAGGGGGUUGAUACCGAGCUUUCUCUCACCGACGCGCUGCAUGGGCCAAGACGGCGUUUUUUCAGCUCAGAAGAGAGCUGGAGCUCUGCCCACCACCGCCGCAGACGCUGAGGUCGCCGUUAAUGGAGAUGCUAGAAGUCGAGCUAGCCCUCCGGUCCCGAGAGGGCGGCAGAUCCAGCGGACCUGCAACAACAUCAAGAUCACAAUUCUCUGCGGCUUUGUUACCAUUCUCGUCCUUCGAGGGACAAUCGGAGUUGGAAACCUAGCUUCAUCAGAGGCGGACCUCGAGAACUCAAAUCUUAUCGACGAGACUAACCGGAUUCUAGACGAGAUCCGGUCUGAUAAGGACCCAGACGACCAGGAUGAGAGUUUCUUCAGCCCAAACGAGACAUUCUCCCUUGGACCCAUUAUCACUGGAUGGGAUGAGCAGCGAAAGGUAUGGUUCCAGAGAUAUCCCGGAUUUCCCAACACAGUAAAUGGAAAACCUCGAGUGUUGCUUGUUACAGGCUCUCCUCCCACCCCGUGUGAAAACCCAGUUGGGGAUCAUUACUUGUUGAAGGGUGUGAAGAAUAAAAUUGAUUACUGUAGGAUACAUGGGAUCGAGAUUGUGUAUAAUUCAGCCAAUAUGGAUAGGGAAAUGGCAGGUCCCUGGGCCAAACUGCCUCUGAUUAGGAGGCUAAUGCUUUCUCAUCCUGAAGUCGAGUGGAUUUGGUGGAUGGACAGUGAUGCUUUCUUCACUGAUAUGGCUUUUGAGAUCCCACUGUCUAAAUACAAUGCUCACAAUCUUGUUAUUCACGGAUACCAUGAUUUGAUCUUUGAUCAGAAGUCUUGGACUGCAUUGAGUACGGGUAGUUUUCUAAUUAGGAAUUGCCAGUGGGCACUAGAUCUGCUGGAUGCUUGGGCUCCAAUGGGGCCGAAAGGGCCUAUCCGUGAGGAGGCUGGGAAGAUUCUAACGGCUAAUUUAAAGGGAAGACCAGCAUCUGAAGCCGAUGAUCAAUCUGCCCUGAUAUAUCUGUUCUUGUUGAAUAAAGAACAGUGGAUGAACAAAGUAUUUCUUGAGAACUCGUACUAUUUGCAUGGAUAUUGGGCAGGAUUGGUGGAUAGGUAUGAGGAGGUGAUGGAGAAGUACCAUCCUGGGUUUGGUGAUGAGAGAUGGCCAUUUGUUACACAUUUUGUUGGAUGCAGAGCGUGUGGGAGCUUUGGAGAUUUCCCUGUUGAGAAAUGUGUGAAAAGCAUGGAAAGAGCUUUCAAUUUUGCCGACAAUCAAGUUCUUAACUUGUAUGGAUUUAAGCAUAGGGGCUUGUUGAGCCCCAACAUCAAGAGGAUCCGGAAUGAAACUACAGCUCCUCUGCGGAAUGUAGAUCAGUAUGAUUUUCGACAUGCAAAACGUGAAAGCUAAGACUCACCAUCUUCAAGUGACAUGGAUAUGUAGUGUAUAUAUGGGGCUCUAGGUGCUGCUGAUCAAUGUUCGUAUCUGUCCACUGACAUUUUGAACCAUUUGGCAUGAGGACCAACUAUGUCCGCUUGUUGUUGUACCUGUUACCACUACCAAUUCCCAGAGUUAUACCGCAGUACUCAUCCUUUUUCUAUAUCCCACAUAAAAGAAGCUUUGGGUAAGCAUUACUUUUUCAGCAGCAUUUUCAAGCUCUCAUUUUCGAAGAUGGUACAGAAUUCUGAAAUGUAUGGAAGGUUUUGGGCUUCUAAUUGCCACACUCAAUGUCUGUUAUGGCAUCAUUACUCCUUAGAGCAUCAUUACUUCUUAGAAUAUGGUGUGGAUAAUUUCAAGUUUGAUUUCAUUUGAGGCGUGGUUAAAAGCGGACAAACACUUGUAAUUUCUUUUUAUUAAUUAUCAUUAUUUAUUUCCCUAAAACUUCACGUGUUUCAUUUCUGGCUUAAGGCUAAACUCUCAGAGUAUCCAUGUGGGGAUGCCAACUCUCUGCUUGCACUUCCAAGCAGGUCGGCUCUCGUGCUCUUCAAGCAAGCCCCCCCCCCCCCCCCCCCCCCCCCCCACUGGGAAUUUAUUUUUUGCCAGUAUGCUAAUUUUUCCUUUCUUUUCCCGAUCUUUAAACAAAUCUUUGUAAGCGGCGUGACGGUUUUGUUUAUAUUGUGAAUGUCUGAACUUG